GUUUUGACAGCAAACCUCAAUCAAACGCGUGCGUAAUUUUUCAAAUUAAAACAUUAUUAGGUUUGUGGGUAGCUAAACAUCUUUUAAAUCGUUUAUUCUGCUCUCAUUGCCUUGUCAGCGAGUGAUAAAGCUUUAACGUAGAGUAUUUAAGUGCUUUUCACCAGAUAAGGUGUAAACGCGCGCAAGAUGAUAGAUCUGUUUAUGCCCUUUCGGGCGUUUCUGAAGUUCGAGAAUGUAUGCACGGACAACAAUGUGUUCCGCAUGCAUUACAAAGUGACGGUGAUCAUGUUGUUGGUGUUCACGCUGAUGGUGACGUCGAAGCAGUUCUUCGGGGAGCCGAUCCACUGCAUGAGCGACGGGGAAAAGGACAACGAUAAAGAAGCCAUCAAUAGCUACUGCUGGAUCUACGGCACCUACACGCUUAAGAGCCGACUGAAAGGAGAGGAAGGCAAGAACAAUGCAUACUAUGGUGUGGGUCCGAGCAUAGAUGACGAUGAGCAGAUCAAGCAUACAUACUAUCAGUGGGUGUGCUUCGUGUUGCUCGGGCAGGCGGUCAUGUUCUACACGCCACGGUACCUCUGGAAGAUCUGGGAAGGAGGACGGCUGAAGGCCUUGGCUGCUGACUUGUCAAGCCCGCUGGUUUCCAAGGAUUGGUCGGAGUACCGCCGCGGCGAGCUGGUCUCCUACUUGAGCUACACCAACAUCUACACGCACAACAUGUACGCACUGCGCUACGCCUUCUGUGAGCUGCUCAACCUGAUCAAUGUAAUUGGCCAAAUAUUUCUCCUGGAUGUUUUCCUCAAUGGCGCCUUCAGCCACUACGGCGCGGCGGUGGCCGCAUUCACGCACACGCCGCGCGUCCCGUCCGGCGGCGCCAGCUUUGAGACCGUCAACCCCAUGGACAAGUACUUCCCCAAGCUCACCAAGUGUUGGAUACGCAGCUACGGACCUUCGGGCACCAUCCAACUCAAGGACCGCCUCUGCGUGCUGCCGCUCAACAUCGUCAACGAAAAAAUCUUCGUCAUUCUCUGGUUCUGGUUGAUCACGCUGGCGUUCGCAUCGACUUUGGCCAUCCUGUUCCGUAUCCUGGUGUUCUCCAUGCCGCCGCUGCGCACUGUCAUGAUCAUGGGGCAACUGCGUUACGUCAAAAAGUCCCUAGUGUCGAGAAUCAUAAAGCAAUUCGGGUUCGGCGACUGGUUCAUACUGUACUUGCUCGGGAAGAACAUGAAUCCCCUCAUUUAUAAGGAACUCAUUGUGGAACUGUCCAAAGAGUUAGAGCAUAAGACUGUUGUUGUUUAACAUAUUUCCAUACUUCUUUUGUUUUCUUUUGUAGAUGUAAAAAUCUAAGGUUGUGCCUUGUAUUAUACAAUUGUUAAGACUAACAAUACAGGGUGUAUUAUAAGUGUAAAUUAAAGACUGAUUAGUUACAAGUUAAAGUAUGGUAACUACAAGUUUAGUAAUAUGCCUAAUUGUGAUCUCUGAUAUUGUUAUUACUUCUAAAUUAGAAUAGAUCUUAUUUUUUGUUGUUUUUCUUUUUGUUUUAAUAAUUACUAAAUGUUACUUGACAGGGUUCUAGUAAGUUUGAUUAAUCUUCUUGUAGAAAUAGUUAUGCUUAAAUGAUUGCCCAGUUGUUUGUAGUUUCAAUACAUUUUGUUUUAUCAAAAAUGUUAAGAAAAACUUGAUACAUGGUGUGUAUGUACACAAAAAUAGUUUGUUUUUAUUUGGCAAAUUGUCAAUAAGUGUUAGAACCUAAGUUAUUGGUUUAGCAUUUUAAGUUUGGUACUGAUUGCAAAUUCCGUCCAUAGUUAUCUAUCACCAGUAAUUAACUUUCAAUUCAUAAGAUGCUCUGCAUUUCCUGGAGUUGAAUAUUGUAUAGAUUCAUAACUUGUGUUAAUAAAGUUUUCUAAAAUAACAAAUCUUUUACCUA